CUCAAACCUUACUAUUUCCUUUGAUACACCAAAUCUCCAAUCAGCUAAGACAAACCAAAAAAAAAAAAAAAAUGGCAAGCAUGAGUCUUUCAAUGAGCCCAAAAAUCUUGCUUGCCAAUAAGCCAAGCACCAAUUUUGAAGCACCAAAGUUAUGUAACAUGGUCACGUACGUAAAAAAUAGGAACAUCCAUGCAAGGCGCUUGGUAAUGGUUCGAGCAGCACCCGAUAAGCUGUCGGACAACGUGGAGAAGAGCAUCAAGGAAGCGCAGGAGACGUGUUCCGAUGACCCGGUAAGCAGCGAGUGUGUCGCGGCGUGGGACGUGGUGGAGGAGGUGAGUGCGGCAGCUAGCCAUGCUAGGGACAAGGCCAAGGAAACUGAUCCGCUUGAGGAAUAUUGCAAGGAUAACCCUGAGACUGAUGAAUGCAAGACCUAUGAUAAUUAAUAAUAAGUACUACUUCUAUUACUUUGGAGUAAUAUAUAUUUUGUUGUAUACUUUGUUUUAAUUAGUUGUUAUUAUUAUAGGAUGUUUGUUGAAUUUCAUCAUUAUCAAAUCAAUUAAAUUAUGCAUGGGGUUACAUAUAUGAUGAAAUUAAGGAGGUUUAUUGUAUGCUCAAAAGGGUGGGGUGACAUUUUAAUUACCCUUGGAUAAGAGUUUACAUGUCAUUAUGAAUUGGUUAUGUAAAUGACUAAAUGCAUAAGAACUUUUUACCUAAA